AUUUAUUAUUAUACCUGUUUUAAUUAUUCUAUUAAAACAUGAUUCUAAGUCCUGCCAAAUAAGUUGUCGUUUUGAAAGUUUCUUGUUUAAUUUAGAUUUAAAAUUUUGAAGGUACAUUUUUAGUAUUGAUAGCUUGGAUUCUAUUUUUGAAAAGUUUUUUACACAGUUAUUCUUUAUACAUUUAUUUAAUAAAAAAAAUAUGUUUUUUCAAAUACCCUAUGUAUUUUUUAAGUUCGUUUUUUGACUUAAUUAUUCUACUCACCACUUCAAUUUUUCGAACAAAUUCUUCGGACAUACAAUCAAUUACUUUCUGAGAACUCAUCAUUAAUAGUGACAACUUGUUGCUUUGGUAGAUUGAAAAGAAUCAAACUCGUUUCCGUCAAAUAUUUAUAUACUAAAAAUUGAUGAUUAAACACAUUUUUACAACGAAUGUUUCUCGAAUGUUACUGUUGCCAUAUGCAUUGUCAGCAGUUUUUACAACAUUACGUAAACCCACACGCAAAAUAUAUUGUUUGCUUUAUUCUCAUUAAUUGGAUAUAUAAAAACUGCUGACAAUGCUUAUGGCAACAGUAAAAUUCGAAAAAACAUUUAAUGUGAAUUGUGAUGUUUUUUUUCAACAAUUUGUGUAUAAAUAAUCAUUUCUCAUACUAAUCAGUAUCAGCUGAAUUUUGAUGAAGAAGACUACUACUCUGCAAUGGCUACUACACCAUCCUCAUUAGUGAUUUUCACAGAAGAUAAAAUCAAUUUCCCCAUCAAGGUGGCGAUGGUGAUAAUGAAGCAAUUAUUUCAAUAUGGUGUACGGGAUAUAAGUACGAAACAAGGAAAUUUUUUUAUAAAUUUAACAUAUUCUCCAAGAACUGGCACUUUAAAACGUAAAUUUGGAAAUUUACCAGUUCGUUAUAUGAGAGUUAAAAUUCAAACUGAUGAAGAAUUUAAAAUGUUGGAGAAAGUGGUUAAGAGAUAUAAAUUUAAUCUACUUGAUGAACAACCAGAGGAUUUGGACCGGAAGAGAAUAGAAGUCUCACCUGGUCCUAGUGAUGCUGGUAAUAGAAAAUAUUAUUUGGAACCACCACAGUUGUUGUGGUCUGAUGGUGAUGAUGAUUCUGAAGAGGAUGUAGUGUCUCCCAAGAAUAAAAAACUUAAGACGGGAGAACAAAAUCAACAACAACAAGAACAAAGUUUAGAAGAAAUUAAUAUUGAAGAUGAUGAGCUUACUAGUGUCACUGUUAAUGACACUAGUAACAUAAAUCAAUAUGGUGUACGGGAUAUAAGUACGAAACAAGGAAAUUUUUUUAUAAAUUUAACAUAUUCUCCAAGAACUGGCACUUUAAAACGUAAAUUUGGAAAUUUACCAGUUCGUUAUAUGAGAGUUAAAAUUCAAACUGAUGAAGAAUUUAAAAUGUUGGAGAAAGUGGUUAAGAGAUAUAAAUUUAAUCUACUUGAUGAACAACCAGAGGAUUUGGACCGGAAGAGAAUAGAAGUCUCACCUGGUCCUAGUGAUGCUGGUAAUAGAAAAUAUUAUUUGGAACCACCACAGUUGUUGUGGUCUGAUGGUGAUGAUGAUUCUGAAGAGGAUGUAGUGUCUCCCAAGAAUAAAAAACUUAAGACGGGAGAACAAAAUCAACAACAACAAGAACAAAGUUUAGAAGAAAUUAAUAUUGAAGAUGAUGAGCUUACUAGUGUCACUGUUAAUGACACUAGUAACAUAAAUCAGUUACUUAAACGAGGUGAAGUCUUACAAGAAGAUCUAUUUAAUCCUAUAACAAAACACUUAAAAAAUAUUGAACAUAAAUUGAACAGUUCUCAAAAUAAUAUCAAAAAUGAGUUUAAAGAUGACGAGGAACAAUAUUCAAGAGAAACUGAUCAGUUUGCCAAUGUUUUGUCUUUAAAGAAAAAUGAAAAUGAUAUUAAAAGCAAUGAUGAUGAUGAUGAUUAUUAUUAUGAUGAUGAUGAUCUAAAUGGUGAAUUACAUAAAUCAAAUUUGGAAAAUAUAAUGUCUGAAACAGUUUCUAAUAAUGAUCCUCAAACUUCAGAGGACUUACGAUUUGAAGAUGCCUCUCAACAUUUUAUUGAAGAUUAUCAUCUAGAACAAUAUGAUCCAUUACCUAGAAAAUAUAUUGAUGAAAUGUAUCGUGAUAUAGAUAACAAAGAAUUUGAUUAUAAAUACGGAAUUCGAUUUGAUAUAUUGAAUCAUAUUAAUUUCACUACUAACAAUAUACAUGGUUUGGAAUGGGAUUCUUGGAACCAAGAGGAUGAACUCAAUUACGAAGAAAUAUCCAAAUUUAUCCAAAGUUAUGUGUUAGAUGAAAGUAUUUUCGUGGCAAAUGCAAAUAUAGAAAAAUAUUUAGGAAACUUUAUUUUUAAUAAAAUAAUUGUAUUGGAAAAUUAUCUAGAAAUGUUAUCGUAUGACGAUUGUAAAGUCAUAUUUAAAUCUCGUCAAUGUAACAACCACAUUCCAAGUAGAAAUAUUAUAUGUGCGUUAGAAAAUAUUUAUUUUCUCUAUUAUUGGUAUGAAUAUUGUAACAAUAGAAAAAUAAAUAAAGACUAA